UCAACGUAGUCAGUGUGACGCAGCCGAUUGCAGCCAGUUCAAUUCGUACAUUAGAUGGGUCAAACUCGCGAUCGGGUUUGGGUUUGGGAUAGGGAGGGGAGUUAACGUCAGGGGAGUUCAGGUUAGGGUUAAGGAGGUGAGUUCAGGUUGGCGAGGUUGGGUGAGUUCAGGUUAGGGUUAACGAGGUGAGUUCAGGUUAGGGUUAAGGAGGUGAGGAUGAGACGAGGUCGCUCCAAAAGCUCCGGUGGUGUGUGUGCAUUUCAGGUGGGUUUUUUUCCCCAGUUCGGCUCAAGCCUCCGACAGAAGAGGAAAAGGUUGUCCCUGCCGAUGAGCAAGGGCGGCGUCUGGGGGCCUGGAGCGCAAAUCCGGCAGUCUCGGGGACGGCAUUUGAUGGCGCGGCUUGAACCAUCUGGGCGUGCCUGAUCGUCACCCGGGGCGUGACGCGCAGCCUCGCUUGAUGUGGUUGUGUGGUGGUGUCCCUGCCUUGGAACCCUUCUUUUCGUUUCUCUCCUCGGGUCUGGCUUGUUGCGACGCCAGUUAUUUUUCCCGGUCAGGUGGACAGCCCGGCAGCGUCAUCUGCUUCCCGAGCUUUCCAUCUGUCUGCUCGACUGACCCUGUCAGCAAAAGCCAUGGGACCUGUGUCACGAGAUUUUUCUUCGUCUGCGGACAACUGCGCUCCGUGGUACCGUGUUUGUUCGUCCACGCACUGGGAGACGAGUUUCUGAACGCAACGGUGGCUUGGGCAACAUUCAGGGGUGGCGUUUGAGAAAGGCUCACAACUCUGGCCCUGUUCCCGGAAAGUUUGGAAGUGUUACAUGUCGCACGGGGUCCCGCUGGACGGCUUUGGUGCUCCCCGAACGUUUAUGCAGCUGCUUCGUGGACAGCCAAGCUCUGUCUGGAGUUGAAUCCCGGUUUGUUGAAACAAGAAUGAGUUGUCGGUCCUGCGUGAUUUGGGACUCGUGAGGUGCUCAUCAAUUCACUUUCGGGUUCGGUCCAAGGCCAGCCACGUCAAAUGGCGCAAGCAGGCGUUAUCAAUUCGCGAGGCGGCCGGUCGGGGCCAGCCCGGGGGGCAUGGAAUUGUUCCUGGUGGUUGAUUGCGAGUUGAUCGCUCAUUGGUUU